AUGGGCAAGAAGCGAGUGUUGUGUAGCUAUGGUGUUGACAUUGAUGCUGUUGCCGGUUGGCUAGGUUCGUACGGUGGUGAAGACUCGACCAGCGAUAUCUCUCGUGGGCUUUUUGCAGGCACCCAUGGUACACGAAGACUUCUGAAGCUCUUCAAUAAGUACAACAUCAAAGCGACAUGGUUUAUUCCAGGUCAUUCGCUGGAAACAUUUCCAGAAGAAUGUGCGAUGGUUCGUGACCAAGGCCAUGAGAUAGGCCUCCAUGGUUACUCCCACGAAAACCCAGCCGAUAUGUCCUUUGAGCAGCAGUGUGAUGUUCUAGACAAGACAUACAGACUACUUACAGAAUUUUGCGGCAAACCACCUCGAGGCAGUGUCGCACCAUGGUGGGAAUGCAGUCAGGAGGGUGUUGAGCUGUUGCUAAGCUACGGUAUCGAGUACGAUCACUCUAUGGGUCAUGAUGAUGCUCAUAUGUACUGGCUCCGUACGGGUGACACGUGGACGAAGAUCGAUUAUAGUAAGAAAGCGAAAGAAUGGAUGAAGCCUCUAGUUCGAGGUAAGGAAACUGGACUCGUUGAGAUACCUGGCAGCUGGUAUAUUGAUGACUUACCACCUAUGAUGUUCAUCAAAAACAACGCAAACAGUCAUGGUUGGGUCAACCCUCGUGAUGUUGAGGAUAUUUGGAGGGAUCACUUUGACUACUACUAUCGAGAAUAUGAUGAGUUUAUUUUCCCACUGACCAUUCAUCCUGAUGUGUCAGGGCGACCCCAUGUCCUACUUAUGCAUGAAAGACUGAUCGAAUACAUCAACAAACACGAAGGUGUGGAAUGGAUGACUAUGGAGCAGCUCUGCGAUGAUUUCAAAUCCAAGAAUACACCCUCUGAAGGUGCAUUAAUGCCAGCACCUGCCGGUCAGAUCUUAGGGGAAGGCAAGACUACUGCCAACAGAUCUAUGUGA